CGGACGCCGGAGAGGUCGACAAGCUCCUCUGCGACUUCCUUCGAUAACCUUCUCUGAGAGGGCGUUAUCGCCAACUGCGCAGUAGUUCUCAUGUUUCCCCGGACCACGCUUUGAUUAGACGUCCCGAAGCACUACGUGCACAAGGUCGGUUUCUAUCCUGGCCUUCCAAACCCAGUCGAGCCCUUCCGUACAGAACAGGCGCUGUUUGCAGCACGGUUACGGCUCGUGGCGUGGCCUCCUCUGAGAGAAGGCGCUACACAGACACAGCAGGGCAGCGACACCACAUCGUACCAUGUCCAAGAAGAAAGUGUGCGUUGUGGGCGCCGGCUCGAGCGGCCUGACGUGCGCGCGCCAGAUGCUCGACUACGGCUUCGACGUGGUACUCUACGAGCGGUCCGCGGACACAGGAGGCCUCUGGGCGUACCACGAAGAUGAUGUCGAGGGACAAGCGUCUGUGAUGCGAACCACCAUCAUCAACACUAGCAAAGAGAUGAGCGCAUUUAGUGACUUCCCACCGCCCAAGGACCUCCCCAACUACAUGCACAACACCAAGAUGCUGGGCUACUUCCGCAGCUACGCUGACCACUUCGGCGUCACCAACCACGUGAAGACUAAGCACGACGUGGUGCAGGCGACGGCAGCCGCCGAUUACGAGAAGACGGGUCGCUGGGACGUGCUCGUCAGGGACCUGGAGACCAACACCGACCGCACGGAGACGUUCGACGCCGUGGCCGUGUGCGUCGGUCAUCACGUGUAUCCGAACGUGCCGCACUUCAAGGGCCAGGAGAAGUUCCGCGGCCGAGUCGUGCACACGCACAGUCUGAAGAACGCCGACAGCUUCAGGAAUCACCGGGUCGCCGUGGUGGGCAUCGGCAAUUCGGCGGUCGACGCUGUCGUCGACGUCAGUUACGUUGCCGUUGAGACGUACCUGUCCACUAGGCGAGGUGCAUGGGUGGCCAAGCGCGUUGGCCCCAAUGGUAUGCCCAUCGACAUAUUCUUAGCCACGCGGCAAAACUACAUCCAGAGCCUUGUGCCUGAGUCUGUGGCCAAUGACUACGUCGAGAACAUCCUCAACAGCUUCUUCAACCAUGAGGCGUAUGGACUCAAGCCCAAACACCGCUACAACGCUCAGCAUCCUACCGUCAAUGACGCGCUUCCCAACCUCAUACUCAGUGGCAAGGUUCAAGUCAAAAAGAACAUUGUUGAGUUCACCGAAGAUGGUGUGCUCUUUGAAGGAGACGACAAGGCGACUGUGCUGGAUGACGUCAUCUUGGCCACGGGUUACCAGAUCAAGUUCCCUUUCUUGCCAAAGGAUGUGGUGUCGGUAGUGGACAACCAGGUGCAGCUGUACAAGUACGUUUUCCCACCCCAUUUACGGCAUCCAACUUUGGCGUUAAUCGGCCUUAUCCAGCCGGUCGGUGCCAUAUUCCCCAUCGCCGAGUUGCAGAGCCGCUGGCUGGCCGAGCUGCUGGCCAACAAACGUUCGCUGCCCUCGGAGAAGGCCAUGUACGAAAACAUACGCAAGAAGUCGGAGUCCAUGCGGCAUCGCUACGUCCAGUCGCCGCGCCACACGAUCCAGGUGGACUGGAUAAACUAUAUGGACGAGCUCGCCAGCCAGAUCGGCGCCAGACCCAACAUCCUGAAGUACUUCUUCACGGAUAACGAACUCUUCCGCGCCCUUCUUGGACCCUGCGUGCCCUACCAGUUCAGACUCGAAGGCCCCCAUUCGUGGUCCGGAGCACGGCAGGCCAUCCUCGAUUCGCGCCACAGGAUCAUGUACCCGCUCAAUGACCGAUGUACGUCAUUCAGCAAGAAGAAGAAAGGCCCUUCGGCAUUCCGCUACAUGUUCUUUUUCUUUUUCACGCUGGCCGUUGCGUACGUCUUUUCUGGACAACGACAGCUCUCCUAGUUGCUCCGUCCGUCCUUUUUCGUAAGGACUCUAAAUACAAACGGCUUCUGUCCAUACGUAUUGGCAUGCGUUGCUCAUCAACUCUUGUCAGUGUGUUUCUGGUACAUGUUCUGUGCUGAUGUGUCGCAAUGGACAAGCAAAAAGCACGCAUUGAAAAGUGGACUUUGCAUACGGACUAGUCGUGCGCAUGGUGAAGUUGAGCACUCCGUUUAUCGUGCAUUACUCCGUAGUAUCACACAUUGUUAUGUUGGAAAUAAACUGAUAUCAUUUAUCGCGCUGAA